AUGGUACCAACACUGUCCAAGGGUAUUAAAUUCAACAGUCAGACUGACAAAAUAUUAACAGUAGGAGCUGGGUGUUUCUGGGGUACUGAGCAUAUCUACAGAAAAUAUUUGGGUGAGAGAAUUGAUGAUUGUAAAGUUGGUUAUGCAAAUGGUAGCGAAAUGAAAAAGGACCAGACUAACUCUGUAACUUAUAAACGUCUUUGCAUAGGUGAUACUGGAUUUUGUGAAGUUUUACAAAUUGCAUACAAUCCUCAAAAAUUGUCUCUAAAAGAACUGGUGGAUCUUUUCUUUAGAUGCCAUGAUCCAACAACCGCAAACCAACAAGGUCCUGAUGCUGGUACUCAAUACCGUAGUGCACUUUUUGCCCACUCUGAAGGGGAUUUAAAAGAAUUGAAAGAACUAAAGGAUCAAUGGCAACCAAAAUGGGGAAAUAAAAUCACCACAGAAGUGGAAUUGAUCAAAAACUUUUAUGAUGCUGAGGACUACCACCAGUUGUACCUAGACAAAAAUCCUGAAGGUUACGCAUGCCCAACCCAUUACGUCAGGAACUUGUAA